UCCCGGUAGUAAAAUCAUCUCAGAAGCUUGUGCUUGCUUGUACACUGCUGAGAAAAAUCCUCCGCAGUUAUUAAUGAAACCGUGAUCAUAUGAAAAAUUAGGGAAAGCACAUAAAUUCAAACAAGCAUUUACAAAACUACAUGCAUUGCAGAAGAUAAAGAAGCUAGCCUGUGCACAAAACCGAAUUGUUUUGAUGUGGAAUUUGACCAGGUGUUAAAAUACAAAAGGCUUCCAGUCCAGCACAAGGUCUCGGGAUGAGCUUCUUCAGUUUCGGGCAGAGUGCUGAAAUUGACAUAGUUCUGAAUGAUGCCGAGACGAGAAAAAAAGCGGAGCACAAAACAGAGGACGGAAAAAAGGACAAAUAUUUUCUCUUCUACGAUGGGGAGACAGUCUCUGGGAAAGUCAACGUAACCCUGAAGAAUCCAGGAAAACGUCUGGAACAUCAAGGCAUUAAAAUUGAAUUUAUCGGCCAGAUCGAGUUGUAUUAUGACAGAGGGAACCACCAUGAGUUUGUCUCUCUGGUAAAGGAUUUAGCUCGGCCUGGAGAGAUGACCCAAUCUCAGACCUUUGAUUUCGAAUUCACACACGUGGAGAAACCAUACGAGUCCUACACAGGCCAGAAUGUAAAGCUUCGCUAUUUCCUGCGGGCGACGAUCAGCAGGAGACUAAAUGACAUCUGCAAAGAGAUGGACAUCGUGGUGCACACGCUCAGCACGUAUCCAGAACUCAACUCCUCCAUAAAGAUGGAGGUGGGAAUCGAGGACUGUCUGCACAUCGAGUUUGAGUACAACAAGUCCAAGUAUCACCUGAAAGAUGUGAUUGUGGGGAAGAUAUAUUUCUUGUUGGUGCGAAUUAAGAUCAAACACAUGGAAAUUGAUAUUAUUAAACGUGAAACAACAGGAACAGGUCCAAAUGUGUACCAUGAAAAUGACACCAUCGCAAAAUAUGAGAUUAUGGAUGGUGCACCUGUCCGAGGUGAAUCAAUCCCAAUCCGUCUUUUCUUGGCUGGGUAUGAGAUGACGCCCACCAUGAGAGACGUAAAUAAGAAAUUCUCUGUUCGUUAUUACCUGAAUCUCGUACUCAUUGACGAAGAAGAAAGGCGCUAUUUCAAGCAACAGGAGAUCACACUAUGGAGAAAAGGAGAUAUUGUAAGAAAGAGCAUGUCCCACCAUGCUGCCAUUGCCUCUCAGCGCUUUGAGGGUUCAGCAAAUGCAGAGAAAGCUCUCGCUCAGGCUAAAGAGGAAAACUAAACCACGCCAACCUAUCAUCUCGUGUGUGUGUGUGUGUGUGUGUGUGUGUGUGUGUGUGUGUGUGUGUGUGUGUGUGUGUGUGUGUGUGUGUGUGUGUGUGUUACAGAGAGUGUGAGGUGUGAACUCCCAAAAUAGUUGGGCAGUGUAAACAAUGGAGUUUAACAUUCCUAAACAUUAUAGUUUAUGAUCAACAUGCUCUUAAGUACAAUAGCUCUUAAAAGGGAUGAAUAAGAAAAGGAAAAACGCUUAAUUCCAAAAACCUUGAUUUGAUUUUUACAAAUUCUUAGGCUUACUUUCUUAGGUCCACCAUCAUGGAAUGAUCUUGCCCUGUGUAUUUAAUUGAAAUCCUCAUUAGGUUUCAAUAUAUCAACAAUCCUUCUCAAAACACAAACACAUUCCAUUCUCUAUUUUCCAUUCGUUUUUUUUAUAUUUGUUAUUUUUCUUGCAUUACAUACACUAUACAUUUAUACAGAGUUUUUGUUCCUUAUGAAAUUGCAUUUAACAAAUUCAUAUUUUUUCAAACCGUUUUUAUGGAAAGUAAACUUUUAUAUAGAAUAUG